AUGCCGGCCCCCUCAGCUCGAGACCCAGUGCUCGAUUACAAGGCACUCCCUAAGAUCGAGCUCCAUGCCCACCUCAGCGGGAGCAUCAGCCGGCAAUGCCUUCAUGAGCUAUGGGUAUCCAAGAAAGCCACCGGCGAGACAGACUUACGAGACCCCCUCGUUGAGAUGCCCCCGGACAAGCACGACUAUGACUUGAAGACUUUCUUUCCUCUCUUUUCCUCGUACAUCUACAACCUUGUCAACGACGUCGCUGCCGUGCGGUACACCACCUUAGCCGUACUCCGCGACUUUGCUGCCGAUGGCGUGGUCUAUCUUGAACUGCGCACAACCCCUCGCGCCAUGCCCGCCGCGGGCUUGACCGAGGAGGGCUACGUACAGACAGUGCUAGAUACCAUUGCGGAGUUUGAGAACGAGCAGGGAGAGGAUCUAGGGAAGCCAGAGGGGCAAAGGCGAGUUGGGUUGAAGACAAAGUUGAUUCUUUCGAUCGACCGCAGACACACCCCCACCCAAGCCUCCCGCAUCAUCGCCCUCGCCAGACAUUUCCACCUCCUCCCCGAAGCUGGCGUCGUCGGUCUCGACCUCUGCGGCGACCCUUCCGUCCCGGUCAACCUCGCCGCGCUCACCCCGCUUUUCACCGAAGUCCACAGCAGUCUCCCCAGCCUGGCCCUCACGGUGCACUUCGCCGAGGCACAAGUAUCGUCCUCCGAUGCCGAGUUGGAUGCCUUGUUGCUGGACUGGAAGCCGGAUCGGCUGGGGCAUGUAAUUUGUGUGAGUGAGCGGGUGAAGGGGGAGAUCGUGCAGGCCUCGAGGGGGAAGAAGGGGGAUGAGAGAGGAGUAGUUGACACUGUUGGGCUGGAAUUGUGCUUGAGUUGUAAUGUGCAUGCAGGAAUGGUUUGUGGUGGGUUUGAGGGACACCACUUUGGCGAGUGGUGGAAGGUUCAAGACACCGUCGUCGUACUAAGUACCGACGAUGUGGGCGUAUUCGAAAGCCCGCUAUCCAACGAGUACGCACUGGUGGCCAAGCACUUUGGCCUCAACCGUGCCGAGAUUUGCACACUGGUGAGACGUGGCAUCGACGUCAUCUUCGGAGGAGACAAGGAAAAGGAGAGGCUGAGAGAGAUCCUGUGGACAGCGUAG